AUGCAUCCCUUGGUGGCAUUGAUCCUUCUGGUACUUGGUGCCCUGCACUGUCAGACAUUCUCCGACAACUAUGAUUACGCGGACCUGUACAAUGUGGCGGCGCCUCAGCAGGCCACGUACGAGACGAAGAACAAUCCGAAACGGUACAAUAUUGGUGCCAUUCUCAGCAGCAGCGAGCACAUUCAUGCCUUUAUUCAGGAAAUUGAACGCGUAAACAACGAUUCGUUAUCUGAAAUAUCCUUCAAGUCCAUAGCAUUUCCCAUGUCAAUCAAUCCCAUUGAAACUGCUCAACAUGUUUGCAAUAAGCUGAUCACCAGCGAGAUUUAUGCAGUGAUUGUGUCCCACCCGCGCACUGGCGAACAAUCCCCGUCAUCUGUUUCCUUCACAUGUGGCUUCUACAACAUUCCCGUCAUUGGAAUUUCCAAUCGAGAGUCCUCGCUUUCUAACAAAAAUCUACACUCGUCAUUUUUACGGACAAUACCUCCCUUUUCGCAUCAAGCAGAUGUCUGGAUUGAGAUGUUACGCAGUAUGGAGUACAAAAGCGUGGUCAUCAUCCACAGCUCCGAUAGUGAUGGACGUGGAACUUUAAGUCGGUUUCAAAAUUUGGCCGAUGAUGCUAAUGUUAAAAUUGAGUCCAUUGUUGAAUACGAGCCUGGAAUCUCCAACAUAACCCACGAGCUAGAGUAUAUGCACAAGAAUAUACACUGUAGAGUUUUCAUUCUCUAUGCCAGCGCAGCGGAUGCGGAGAUCAUCUUUGACAAAGUUAGCUUUAUGGGAAUGGACCAGACGGACUACGUGUGGAUCGUUUCUGAACAGGUUCUAGGAGCUUCCAAUCGCCCCAAUGGAAUUCUUUCCGCAAAGCUACAAAAGUCGGAAGAAAACUUGAUGAUUACUGAUAGUGUCACCGUGCUUACAAUGGCUCUGCGAGAAAUGUUUCGCACUUUGAACAUUACAACACCGCCUAAGAGCUGUGGUGAUAAAGAGACUCUUGGUCAAAAAAAGUGGUCGAUUGGACCUACUUUCUACAAAUACCUUCUUAAUCAAACGUUCAAUGGACGUAGUGGGCGCAUUUCGUUUGAUGAAUCUGGAGACCGCUUGUACAGCGAAUAUGAAAUACUGAACACAUUUAACAGAGACGAGAACUCUGUAGGAAAGUACAUGUUUGAUUCGAAUGAAAACAAAAUGAAGCUCAACCUCUUUAUGCACCUUAUAAAAUGGCCCGGUAAUCAAAACCAAAAGCCGGCUGGAUUUUACGUUCCAAAGCACUUGAAAGUUUCUACGAUUGCAGAAAAACCAUUCGUGUGGACUAAAAAACUUUUGCGCGGAGAAAAGUGUGCUGAAAAUCAAAUCAUCUGCCCACGUUUCAAUAAAACGAAGAAAAAAGACGACAAUUUUAAUGACAAAGAAGCAUAUAUCGACUAUUUUUGCUGCGAAGGAUACUGCAUCGACUUGCUCAGAGAAAUGGCUUCAAGACUCAACUUUACCUUUGAACUUGAGCUUGUGCCUGACGGACUGUAUGGCAAUUUGGACUUUGUUGACGGCUACGAAAACCCUCGACGAUGGACUGGUUUAGUGGGAGAGCUGGUCUAUAAGCACGUUGACAUGGUCGUCGCACCCCUGACUGCUAAUCCUGAAAGGAGUCAAGUGAUAUCAUUUUCGAAGCCAUUCAAGUACGAAGGCAUCACCAUUUUGCAGAAGCGUCAGCCGCGAAAAGCCACUUUAGCAUCAUUUUUGCAGCCAUUCCAGAAUACCCUGUGGGGUUUGGUGCUCGUCUCUGUGCAUGUUGUUGCACUAGCUCUCUACCUGCUGGAUCGUUUCAGUCCGUUUGGAGGAUACAAAAUGGGCGAUACUGACAUUGAGGAUCCGGACGAUGGGGCACUCAACCUGUCCGGUGCCAUUUGGUUCUCUUGGGGAGUUCUACUCAACAGUGGCAUUGGCGAAAAGACCCCAAGUAGUUUUAGUGCCAGAGUUCUGGGAAUGUUCUGGGCUGGUUUUGCCAUGAUUGUCGUCGCAUCGUACACUGCAAACUUGGCGGCUUUUCUGGUGCUCAAUCCAAGAGAUGAUUAUGCGCUCUCCGGUAUUGAAGAUGCUCGCUUGCGAAACCCAACUGAAGGCUUCACAUUUGCCACAGUCAAAGGAAGCUCAGUAGACAUGUUUUUUCGCAGUCAGGUUCACCUGUUUAAUGCAUACCGCACUAUGGAGGAGACUAAUCGCAACAGCACUGAAGACGCCAUCGAAGCUCUAAUCAGAGGUGAGCUGGAUGCCUUCAUCUGGGACUCACCGAGACUUGAGUAUGAAGCGGCGCAAGACUGUGAGCUAGUCCUUUCCGGUGAGCUUUUUGGUCGUUCAGGCUAUGCAGUGGGCUUGCAAAAGAACAGCUGGUGGACUGCCAAGGUGACCCUUGCUCUACUGCGACUUCACGAGAGUGGCUUUAUGGAGUCACUUGACAAUCGGUGGAUUCUCGGCAAUGAAAAGGACUGUGAGAGUAAGAUGGAUCAUUUCCCGCAUACACUUGGACUGAAGAAUAUGGCUGGUGUUUUCAUUCUUGUUUUCAGCGGCAUUGUUUUGGCUUUUGGUCUCAUUGUCAUUGAAAUCAUUUACAAGAAACGAAAGUCUCGCAAAAUUCAUCGAUUAUCAAUUGCCAAACGGAUGGGUAUUUAUUGGUUAUAUAAAUCAAAGGUAAACGAUAGUACAGUCAUUAGUUUGAUCAAAUCAUCGGCAAACCAAUUAUCAAUUUACUGA